AUGGGAAAUGAGCAACUUCCAUUGUCAAGGAUUUCCAGGCUUCUCAAUGCCUGUUUACAGUUGAAUCAUGUCUUCCACUUCCUGUCCUUUGCUAUUGGUUUGUCCCUUGGUAUCGUACUUAGUUUAUAUAUCAAAAGCUUCUCCUUGGCAUUACGAACCUCACUUUAUUCCAUUUCUCCUUCAAUAUCACCACAACCACCGUUGCGACCGCUUUCUCCACCACCCUUACAACCGCCACCUCCACCAUCAAAAUUGCCGCCCUUACUAGUAUUGUCAGUUUCAAUUAAUAGCACCUCUAACGAUACUGGCGUUUCACUGAAAGAACAGAAAUCUCUCAUGCACAAUAUGAGUGAUGAGGAAUUGUUUUGGAGGGCAUCCAUGGUUCCAAAAGUCCAAGAAUUGCCUUACAAGCUUGUUCGAAAAGUGGCUUUCAUGUUCUUGACAAAGGGGCCUCUCCCUUUGGUUCCCCUGUGGGAGAAGUUCUUUGAAGGGCAUGGAGGCCUUUACUCCAUUUAUGUGCACCCACAUCCUUCUUUCGACGAAUCAGUGCCUGAAACCUCUGUCUUCCAUGGAAGAAGAAUCCCAAGCAAGCCAGUAUAUUGGGGAACUGCAUCAAUGAUCGAUGCUGAGAGACGCCUUUUAGCCAAUGCCCUCCUUGAUUUCUCUAACCAAAGAUUUGUGCUACUUUCUGAAUCCUGUAUUCCACUGUUUAACUUCACAACAACCUACAACUACCUAAUGGCAUCAAACUUGAGCUUCCUAGGCUCAUUUGAUGAUCCAAAGAAGUCUGGCCGUGGUCGUUACAAUCCCCAAAUGUGGCCUGCAAUAAACAUCUCCGACUGGCGAAAAGGGUCCCAAUGGUUCGAAGUCCAUCGUGAGCUUGCAGUACAAAUAAUAUCAGACCGCAAAUAUUACACCAUCUUUGGAGAGUACUGCCACCCUGCAUGUUACAUGGAUGAACACUACAUCCCAACACUAGUGAACAUGCUCUACGUCAAAAUGAAUUCAAACCGUAGCAUUACUUGGGUUGAUUGGUCAAGAGGAGGCCCCCAUCCCAGCAAGUUUGGAUGGGGUGAUAUCACAGAUGAGUUUCUUAAUAAGAUUCGAUACGGAUCGGACUGUAUUUACAAAGGAAAUACUACAAACAUAUGUUUCCUCUUUGCCAGAAAAUUUCUACCAACUGCAUUGGAGCCUUUGUUAAGGAUUGCUCCCUUGUUGCUUGGCUUUGAUCCUUAA